AUGGCAUCUCUUCUCCGCGGCACCGCAUUCAUCACUGGUGCUGCUUCUGGUAUCGGCCAGCAUACAGCACUGGCUUUUGCAAAGCACGGCAUCAAUCGCCUGGCACUCGCGGACAUGAACCAGGCGACCCUCAGCGUCACCACUGAUCUCCUCCGCCGCCGCUAUCCUGCUGUCAAGCUUCUCCCUUUAUCCCUCAACGUUCAAAAUGCCGUUGAGAUUAGGUCUGGCAUUGCCGCAACCAUUUCCGCCUUCGGCCGCAUAGAUAUUGCCGUAAAUAAUGCCGGCAUUGGAGGCAGUGGGCGCGCCACUCAUGAGAUCGAUGAAGCCGAGUUUACAAAAGUUCUCGAUGUCGACCUGCAUGGCGUGUGGCGUUGCCAGCAAGAAGAGAUCAAUGCCAUGCUAAACCAAGAGUAA